CGGAACAGGGGCGUGGCUAACAACUGUCAUGGCGCCCUACUGGUGAACAGCUAAGCGUUAGCAAGACUCUUUGGAGAUUUUCCACAGCGGGUUUAAAGUUCGUCGUAUUUUUAGGAACACUUGAAUGUAAAAGAUAAACAACAUGGGGACCGUUCACGCAAGAAGUUUGGACCCUCUCCCGAUGAAGGGGCCUGAGCUGGGGGUUCAAGCAGAUGACCUGGAUGUUGGAGAUGCAGAGUACGAGCCUCAGCAGGAAGUUCUGGAAAACAAAGACGUUGUAGUUCAGCGUGUACAUAUAGACGGGCUUGGAAGGACUAAGGAGGACUUCCUGACAUACGAAAUUGCAGAUGUCUUCAGAGCCAAGAACUUGAUCGAUGUGAUGAAGAAGAGCCACGAUGCCCGACAGAGACUGCUGCGUCUGGGAAUAUUCAGACAAGUGGAGGUCAUCAUUGAUACUUCACACGGUGAGGACGCACUGCCUAAUGGACUGGACAUCACGUUCGAUGUGAAGGAGUUCAGGAGACUAACUGGAAGCUAUAACACCAUGGUGGGAAACAAUGAGGGAAGCAUGGUGCUGGGUUUGAAACUGCCCAAUGUUUUUGGCCGUGCUGAGAAGCUCACUUUCCAGUUCUCCUAUGGCACUAAGGAAACAUCCUAUGGCCUCUCUUUCUUCAAGCCUCAAGCUGGACGCUUUGAGCGCAAUUUUUCUGUCAACCUCUACAAAGUCACAGGGCAGUUCCCAUGGAGUUCACUGAGAGAGACUGAUAGAGGAAUCUCCACAGAAUUCAGUUUUCCUAUCUGGAAGACGAACCACACGCUGAAGUGGGAGGGAGUUUGGAGGGAGCUCGGCUGUCUGGCACGCACCGCCUCCUUUGCCGUCAGAGAGGAAAGCGGUCACUCGCUCAAGUCCUCGCUCUCCCAUGCAAUGGUUAUUGACACACGCAACUCCCCCAUCCUACCUAAGAAAGGUGCCUUACUAAAGAUCAACCAGGAGUUGGCGGGAUAUACAGGCGGAGAUGCCAGAUUCCUGAAGGAGGACUUUGAAAUUCAGCUCAAUAGACGACUCUUCUGGGAUUCGGUCCUCUCAGCCUCUCUGUGGGGGGGUCUGCUGCUCCCCUUCGGAGACAAACCCACAUCAAUAGCUGACAGGUUUUAUCUGGGAGGCCCGACCAGUGUGCGAGGUUUCAGCAUGUACAGCAUCGGACCACAGAGCGAAGGUGAUUACCUGGGUGGAGAGGUGUACUGGGCAGGUGGACUCCACCUGUACACUCCUCUGCCAUUCAGGCCAGGUCGUGGAGGAUUUGGGGACCUUUUCAGAACGCACUUUUUUCUCAAUGCCGGAAACUUGUGCAACCUCAAUUACGGCGAAGGGCCUCGAGCGCACCUGAGUCGACUGGCCGAGUGUGUCCGCUGGUCGUACGGAGCAGGCAUCGUGCUACGCCUGGGGAACAUCGCUCGACUUGAGCUCAAUUACUGCAUUCCCAUGGGAGUCCAGAGCGGAGACAGGAUAUGUGAUGGAGUGCAGUUUGGAGCAGGCAUUCGCUUCCUGUAACGCCUGGGAUGAAAAGAAGAGGAUUUUCUGUGCAGAUGAAAUCUGUAGGAAACUUCUGUGUGGAGUGAGAAGCAUUGUGGUUCGAUAUGUUUGUAUUGUAAAGGCAGAAGUUUCAAACCAAAUAGAAAUGCAAAGAAAAUAUCUAAAAACUCUCACCUGUAGGGAAAAGGAUUCGUCAUAUUUAUUUGUCUGACUGACAAAAAAGGGAAUAAAAAUGCUCCUCCAUGUAUAAA